AUGAUGCAGUGUGGCGUCAGUGAGAAGAACGUGCAGGCAAUUGCAGAAACUGUAAAAGAUGUUCAACCUGAUUUUACGACGACAGCUACCGAGAUUAUUUCUCUGAUCUUGAUGAGAUCUUAUAACCACAAUGAUUAUCAUCUUCUUAAAAGAACAUUUGUGGAUUUGCGGUGUUGUUACGAAGCGAACCAAGAUUCAUUCUUUUUUCGUUUCAUUGCUGGUACGUCGUGUGGUGUUGCUUUAUGCAAUUCAGUAGAAAAAGUCUGUUUAUGCAAAAAAGAAAAAAUGUGUCAGUAUAAAGGAAGACCUUCAGUUGACAAGCUCAACGUCACAUAA